AUGGCGGACCCGUUUACGCUGAGCGACGUGAUGGGCUACGUUUCCAUUGCUUGUUGGCUGGGUGCUCAGUUUCCGCAGGUUUUGGAGAACAUCCGUCGGCAGUCGUGUGAGGGCCUUGCCUUGCCCUUUCUCGCCAAUUGGCUAUUAGGCGAUAUUUCCAACCUUGUCGGAUGCAUCUUGACCCACCAGCUUCCAUUUCAAACAUGGCUGGCGACCUACUUCGUCUUCGUGGAUUGUACCCUUGUAGCACAAUAUUUCUACUAUGCGCGUCCCCCGAAACUCACUCAACCCUCACUGUCCCAUCUUCGCGCAACGGCUUCUCCAGCCGCGCUCCGACGUAUGUCCCUUGACAGAGGUACUUCACGCUAUCGCACUUUAUCAGCCGUCGCUGCAAAUGUAGCGGCCGCCGCAGCUCUUGCUGCCCAGCAGGAUCACCAUGCAGACCGAAAGCGGGUAUCCACGCGACACACCCAUUAUGGCACGGAAAGUUCACAUGAGGGCGCUUCCAGUCUUACUCGAGCGCCAGUCAAUGAGGAGGACGACGAGGACGCUUUUGCCGCCAUGGCGGAUAGCUUUCAUUCAGAGGGUGGGUGGAAUAUUGGGCGGAAACGCGUGUCAUGGAGUAUCGAGAGGCAAGGCGUCCCCGGCCAGCAACACGCAGGAUUGCCUACGGCGGCAUCGCCUGCUGUUCUACAAUUUCUCUCUGAAACUGAUUCGUUAAGCCGUGGGAGGUCAAUGGAGCGUGACUUGGAGGCCGAUAAUCAGGAGGAGGAGUCAACGCCGACUACUUCUCAGCGUCGAAGCUCACGAGCUAGCCGCAAAGGUGCUACCGUGAUUUUCCUUGGUGUUUGGUCUCUCUUUGGCAUUUUCACACUUGCAGGAAGCAAACCUGGCGUGCCUUGGGUUUCCACCACCAAGAUUGGUCGGGUCAUCUCUCCAAGGGAUAGUAUCCCAAAGGCUGUCUCUAUAACAGGAAUUUCAGACUCACCCUCAAUACCUACCCAUGUUUACGAAACAUCUGACUCUGCUGUUGACUUGCUUUCGAUUCCUUUCUUGGACGAGGCACCUCACAACGAGCCUUACCCUGGAGCGCCUUCUCCUGAACGUGUGCUCGGUCGCAUUUUCGCUUGGAUGUGCACGACGCUCUACCUUACCUCACGAUUACCUCAAAUUUGGAAAAAUUUUGUCAGGAAAUCAGUGGAGGGACUUUCAAUGUAUCUAUUUGUCUUUGCGUUCCUCGGCAAUACUUUCUAUGUAGCAUCUAUUCUUUUCUCACCCAAGACUUUCUUACCACCCCCAGAGUCAACCGCGUUUUUACGAGAGAGCAUUCCGUACCUUCUGGGAAGUGCUGGGACGUUGAUGUUCGAUGUCACGAUCGUCAUGCAGUCGUUCAUAUACCGACCGCGUUCACGGCGUCACAUAUUGACGCACAGCAGGCUGACAGAAGAGGAGACAGGACUGCUCUCGGAAGAUACCUUGUUGGCGCACCCCAGCGGCAGUGAUUCUGCUGCGUCUAUAAUGAACCGGGGUCGGACUUCUCGUACGCGUACCACGGCUUGA